AUGAGUGCCAAGUCCCACGCGGCACGGUACUCCAGCUCCCUGACACAAGUGGAGGGCUUCACCACCAGAAAUCCUAUUGUAGUGGAAUAUCUUGAGACUGUGUCUGAUCUACAGUGGAAGGUGGAACCAGCCUGCCAUGUCACACCUCAGGGGUCACUGAGUGCUUCCAUCCAGUGUAGCAGUGCAGGACUGUAUACCAUGUAUCCAGAUAUAGCAGGGUACUCAGCCCAGCUGACUAAGCUGUCCUGGAGGAAAAAGCAGCACCCUGAGGUAAGGCAGCUCUACAGCUCACAUGUACAGCAUGUGCUGCCCAAGAGGACAGCAUACAACAGAAACAGCAGCCUGUGGGAGAUAGUUGUGGCUGUAGACAGCUCCGUGGAGCAGGCUCUGGUAGUCUCAGGACAGCCUGUACUGCUGGAUAACUGUUUUGUCAGGGACAUGCAGGUUCUCUUAUAUCAACCACAGUUUACUGACAGCACUGUGUCAAGCUCAAGUGUACAAGCUACAAAUAGCUUUCAAUAUGAGAGAAAGUUGACUGAAUUCAUGCUACACCUCCAACUUUUCCAGAGUCCAGUUUCUUCAGGGGUUGCUCUCCUGAUUACCAGCACAGAGAUUCUCUUUACUCAAGACAGUUUUCUGACAACUGAUGUCUUAAUUAUUCCUGAUGAUGUUCUUCAGAUGGAUGACGAAUGCCUGGCAGUUUGGACUGAUACCCAGCUUUACUUGAAGACAUCCAGUCAGAACAGCCUGGAGCUAACAUCCCUGCCAACUGUACAGCUGGGAACCAGUGGGUACAAUAAUCACUCAGUGCCAAUUUUGGAUGUAUCCUUCUCCUCUCACCCUGAGGAACUUGGUGUCUUGGUACAUGUCCAGACAUCUGGAGCUGAAGAUAAGGUCAUGAUCUUACAGUAUGACCUGUCUACAGCAGUUUGGAGCCUGCCUGAGUCAACUAUGGAGUAUAGCUCAGCAGGCAAUUUCACACUACUGUACCUGGCCAGUGCACUGCCUGAAGCCUUAGUUUGGGACCCUGCUAGUGUGACAUACUCCUUCAGUAAUGGCCCAAAUGGAGACUUUGUGAUACAUCUUAUAUCCAACAAACUGUACUAUGGGAGAGUGGACAAGGAGAAUGUCAUUGAGCUCACCCCAGGUGAACUAUCAGAAGCUGAGUUUGUGUUGUACUUUGACAUGCUGGGCAGACUGCACUUGGUGAACUAUGACAGCACUUCAAGUUCAGCAAGUGCCAGACUGUUUCCUCUUCAAGCUGAAGUAUACAGCAGCCUGUAUCCUGACACAUCCUGCCCUACUUUGCAUCUAUCCAGCAAUGUGACUUUUGAAAUGUUGCAGACUGAAGACUCAGUGAGCAGUGAGAGAACAACAGGAGUCAUGAUGAUUGAAGUCAGACCAAAGCAGACAUCCUAUGUCUGUCAGGGACCUGUUAAUAUGGUCACAUCAAUUUCUGUUGGAUGUCCUCCAAACCGUCAUAUAAGAGUUAGAAGACCUUCCAGGACAGAAGCAUGCAGUUCUUACCAGAACUACAUCUAUACCCUGUCAGCUGAUAUGUAUGACCCAACAUACAAAGGAGAGAGUGCAGAGAUUUCAAAGGAUGUGACCUAUGACCUGGACAACCUAGGUUGCCCAAUUGAUGUGUUCUACUCUGACAAGUUCCGGCCAACAGUCGACCUCUAUGAUGGUGACCAGUUUGUACAUGAGGUGAAGGAGGACUACUUUGUAUGGGAGACUCAUGGCAGGACAGGGUAUGCCUACAGUGCCACCAUGCAGCAGAACUACCGGCCCUGUUCUACCCCCUGUGACCCAGCAGGUAGUUUGACUGGACAGUACGAGGUGCUGAGCAGAUCGGGCGUGUCAGCGCUCAUGUUUGGGUCCAGCAAAGGCAUCUUUGUAUUUAACCUGAAGGUGCUGGAUCCAGAGUGCAGUUACUGUGUACUACAGACCCAGUUUGCAGUACGAGUGUACGGCUGUCCCCGGGAGUCCCUAAACCUGUACGUGUACAUCUCAGUCCUGGCCUUCAUCCUGGGCACAGUGGUCAUCCUGGUCCUCACCUACUACAGGUACUACAAACUCAUGGCAGAGGAACACCAAAAACUCCUACAGGAGCUGACAAACAAGGAAGAGGAGGACGGCAGAGGGGAGGAGGAUGGAGAGGGAGAAAAGGAGGAAGAGAAGGAGGAGGAAAUGAUGUAACAUACUAAGGAAAUUUAUGGAGUGUACUAGGACCUAGUGUUCAACAUCUAAAAUUCAUUCAGUUCUACAUACUAGCCGCCUCCAUUGCAUUCAUUCAUUCAUUCAUUCAUUCAUUCAUUCAUUCAUUCAUUCAUU